GAACACAGGAGAUAAAGGGGGAAGACAGAGAAUCUGUGAUCACGAUGUCAGGACAAAACAGUGAUCAACUGCAUCGCACUACUCUGGGCGUUUAUACAAACAUAAUGGAACAGUUCAACCCAAGUCUGCAGAGACUGGUGGCCCUGGGAAACAGCUACAUUCAGGCUUUUCAAGGCCUUGCUGUCACAAGUGAGGCCUAUUUCAAUGCUCUUUCUAAGCUGGGUGAACAGGCCAUGCAGAGUAUGUCCUCUCGAUUGCUGGGUGAUGUAUUGAUACAGAUCUCAGAUAGUCAGAGAAGACUGACCAAUGAACUGGAGGGAGUGUUUCGCUGGUUCCAUUCUGAAGUCCUCCAGGAGAUGGACAAUAAUGUGAGACAUGAUAAGGAUUACAUCUUGGCCAGCAGGAGGCGUUAUGAAAUGGAAGUGAGAAACCAAGCAACAGCUCUGGAGAGACAGAUGAGGAGAGGUGUCCCACAGGAUUGCAGUGAGUAUGUACAAUUUCUCAGAGAGAGUCAGAAAGAGGCAUUAAAAGAGGAAGAAAGGAGAUAUCGAUUCCUGGCGGAGAAACACUGCGGACUCACCCAGUCUAUUGCAUAUCUUAUGAACAAGACAGGGGGCGGUCUGCAGAAGAGAGCAGAAGGAUGGAAAGAUCUGGUGAAUCACACAAGAGAAUCCCGUCCACACACUCCUUCACGACUGGAGGAUAACACAAUUGAUGACCGUGUUAGCCGCUGGGCAGAGCAGCCUCUGGGCAGAGUUCCCUCUAGAGGCCCCUCUCCUCAGCCAAGUCGUUCCAGCUCCUUUUCGGGAUUGGCUGGAGGCAGAGUGAUGCGAGCAAUGGUGCCUCACCCUCCUGCUGCAAACCCCACACUCCUGCCCUUCUCCCGGGGAGAAACCAUCACCCUACUCGUUCAGGAGCCAAGGAAUGGAUGGCUGUAUGGCCGAUCUGACAGCUCUGGACGGCAGGGCUGGUUCCCAGCUGCUUAUGUAGGCCUAAUGGACGAGCCACCUGGACCAUUUGUCUCCAGCAGCUCUCUCAGAAGCAGCAGCAGCUUGAGUAACCUCCUAGACCAUCCAGGGAGCAGCAAUCACUACGUGGCUCCACCUCCACCUGCGCCCCCUCCACCGUCAACAACCAAAACUAGCGAAUCCCGGCCGAUUACCCCUACUCCUUCAGAUAACAGAAGAAAAGAUCACUAUGGGUCUCGACCAGAACUUUUCCCAAGAGGAACAAACCCAUUUGCCACAGUGAAGCUGAAACCCACCAAAACCAAUGACAGAUCAGCUCCACGGAUAUAAAGAAAAUUUUCAAGCAAUUACAGAUUAGUUCUGCAAGUUUUACAAAAAGACAUUAAUUUUCCAAGAUAAUUUUAUCAAUACAAAAGCAUCACAGUCAAGAUAAUGCAACUUGGCAAUGAUCAAUGACUGGAAUUUAAAAGCCCAUUAAAAUAAUCGGUGAGGCCUUCAGAAUUGCGGUAUAAUAAAUUUUACCUUUAAAGAGGUUAUCAGUAAUUUCUAGUCUGCUGGGGGUAAUGCAAUAAGAAACACUCGCAAACAGAAAAACAUGUUUGCAGACAUGACAUCAUUUCCUGGGUUUUGUAUUCUGGGAUUGUGCUGACUAACCAGGAAAUGUAAAUACAGGGACUCAUUAUUAAACUCUGAUUUUCAAAGUCAGCUUAAUUUCAAGUUCUCCCAAGAGCUGAGAUAAGAUGUCUUUGUCUUUUCUGGUCUUUUUCAUUUCUCUGUUUUCUAAUAAUUUAGUAUAUUAUUUGCAUUAUGUGAGCACAAAUGCUUUUCUUAAAGUAACACAGGUUGUCUCUGAUGAACUUUAAAAUUAACACUGCUUUGUUUGUUAACAUUAGGGAUGUUUUAACUACAGUUCUAUGUGGUUUGACCUCUGGGACCCUGACUUCUCUGAUAAGUCGUCAUCGGCCUCUCUCUGGCUCUGUGCUUGAACUUUGUCUCUUAGCUCAUUUAAUUCAGCUGACAUGCCCAAUUAUACACUGCCCUCAAACUGGGUGUUCUGUCUGCUUAAGUGCCUAUAAAGUAAAUGUUCUUUUUAAAAAAUGUUUUUUGAGAAUAUAUUUUGUUUUAUUGAUGGGUAAUGCUGAAUAUUUAAAACAGAGAUAUCUGUAACUACUGUAUAUCAUAACAGUGAUUCAUAUUAUAGUUAUGCUUGAAUUGGCAAAUACAGGUAAAAUACUAUGUAAAAUAAAUGUAAAGUUGA